AUGAAUGAGCAAAACUCUUCCACAACAUCCGCUCCAGAGGAAAGACAAAGAGGUUUGAGCAAUGGAGAAGCAAGCUCUUCAAUCUUCCAAACACCAUCAAGAAACAACAAUGAGGAAGGUUUUUCUGCCUCAACACCCUUCUCGGCUUUUAGAACAGCUAAGAAGGAGGAAGAACAAUCAUCAUCACAAGGAGGAAAUGAAGUAUCAGCAGUUAAGGCUAAAUAUACUGAAAAAACACCAUCAGCAGUGAAAUCAGAAACUAGAAAUUUGUUGAAGAGAAUGGAUACAGAUGAUGCUCUGGAAGCCUUUGAACAAUUGUACACUUUGAGUUUGUUUGCCAGUCACAGACAGCAAAUGCUCGAUACUGGAGUUAUCAGUUCCCUCACUUUGGCAUUAAAAACAAAGCAAAAUCGUAUCAGGGAAUAUUGUGCAAGGACUCUUCAAUUAUUUGCUCAAGACGGAGAAGAGAGUUGUAUCGCAAUGAAGAGACUCAAUAUGUGUAAUUCUAGUUUGGAAAUUAUUUCUAAAGUUGAUGAUUUGAAUGUAAGAAUAACUGUAGUUGGAUUAAUUUAUUGGCUCUGUCAAAAUCCACAUUGUAAAAAAGAAUUUGUUGAUAUGGGAACUGAAUCCUACAUUAAGGAAAUUUCAAAUAAGAAUAAGGAUCCAAUGCUUGCUAAAUAUUUGAAUUAUGUAUUACACAGUCUCUCCAGUAGAGUGAAAAGUAGAGAAGAAAUGUUGAAUGAGAUUCUUCUCCAACAAAAGGAAAUGCAAGCUUUGGAACAAGAAAAGAAACAAGACUUUAUCCCAUAUGUAAAUCCAUCUCCAAGACACUUUUUCAAUAUUUCUAAAACCCCUUCUUCCUCUCCAAUGACAACCCCAAGAAAAAAGUUAGAUUUCUCCACUCCUUCAAAAGCUAACACAUCCUUUUCUCAAACUGAAAAAUCCACAACCCUAAGAUCUGAAUUGGUUUACGAAUCUGAUGAAUUUGGAGGUCAAUAA